AGAGAGACCAGAUUGUACCCAACAUGGCGGCUGCAAAUUUCGGGCCCCGUCUCUCUGGUUUUGUUUUCACAGAAAAGCUUGGUAGUGGAACGUAUGCUACGGUAUACAAAGCAUAUAGAAAGGAUGGGCAACGAGAAGUGGUUGCAGUGAAAUGUGUUGAGAAGUCCAGCCUCAAUAAAAUAUCUACAGAAAACCUCCUUACAGAAAUCAAAUUAUUGAAAACUCUAAAACACAGGCAUAUUGUAGAGCUUAAAGACUUCCAGUGGGAUGACAAAUACAUUUACCUUAUAAUGGAGUACAGCGCAGGGGGUGACCUUUCUAAAUUCAUAAGAAGCAAGAGGGCCCUACCGCAGCAUAUAGUGAAGAAAUUUCUCCAACAGAUAGCACAAGCCUUACAGUUUCUACGCAGUAAAAAUGUGGCCCAUAUGGACCUUAAACCACAGAAUAUUCUGUUAUCUGCAACGCAUAGUCCGAUUCUGAAAAUUGCAGAUUUUGGUUUUGCCCAACAUUUACGGACUGAUCAAGACGUUGAUAUCCUCCGGGGCUCCCCUCUUUAUAUGGCCCCAGAGAUCAUCUGUGACAGGAGGUAUCAUCCCAAGUGUGACCUCUGGUCAGUAGGGGUCAUCUUAUAUGAAUGUUUAUUCGGCAAAGCUCCAUUUCAUUCAAAAAGUUUGCAAGAACUGGAGGAAAAAAUUAGAGAUUCAAAACCAAUUGAGAUUCCACAUGGUGUCCAGAUAUCAGACAAAUGCAGAGACUUGUUGCUACGGUUACUACAAAGAGAUCCUCUACAAAGGAUAGACUUUGAUGAUUUUUUUAAUCAUCCAUUUAUUGAUCUAGAGCAUGCUCCUUCUGAACAUUGUCUUGCUAAAGCUAUUGAGUUGGUGCGAAAAGCUGUUGUUGAAGAUGGAGACAAAAAUUAUGAGCUUGCAGUAACACGCUAUUGUCAGGCAUUAGAUUACUUUGUUCCGGCAAUAAAGUAUGAGUCUGAUCCUGUUAAAAAAGAUGCUCUUCGGGAGAGAGUGAAACAGUAUAUGAACCGAGCAGAGGAUUUAAAGAAUAUCUUAAAACCCGGACAACAGCCUAGACUGGAUGAAUCUAAGCUAAUAAAAGACUUAGAACAAAUGUGCACAGAUGGAGAGAAACUAGAAUCUGCAUUAAAGAUAAUAGUCGUUGCCAAGUAUAAGUAUGACACCGAGGAGUUUGAAGAGUCACUGGAAAAAUAUGAAUUGGUCCUUGGUGCAUUGAUCAAAAUUCUGCAUGAUGAACCACCUGGAGCAAGGAAAGAUUUACUUAGAAGUGGGUUAGACCAGUGGCUGUCCAGAGCAGAAGAGAUUAAGAAAUAUCUUAAAGUGAGACAGCUUAGUACCCAUAAUGCAGCAGAACAACUAGAGCCUGCUGGGAGGUCAUCCACAGCCCAGUAUUGCAGUAUACAAUGAGAGCUACAAGAAGAAUACAUAAAGUAUCUGCCCAGCCAGGUGCCCUAUGCGAGAUUGAGGGAGCGAAGACUGGAAGUUCAGGUGUGAGAGACCAGGUGAUCUUUGGAGUGUUUCUAUUAAUUACCGUGACACCCAAGCUACCUGUUUCCCUACUAUAGUCAUGUGCUUGAAUUGAUACAAACACCUGGGACAUUUCUACCUGCAAUUAUGUUACACUUCAAAUUUCAAGUUGAAUAAAAAUAGUUUUUAUAAAAACUCAAGUGAUGUUGGCUGUGUUCAGUGAGAAUAAUGUCACAAGUCAGUGACCCCUGGUGGUUUGAAUUCUUUACUUAACUUCUAUUUAGUAGUUUUAUAGCUCUAUGGAAACGAUGAAUGGUAAGAUAAGCAAACAUGUUUGGAUUGCUAAAUUUCAUUUCACUUUCUAUGUAAGUUAUGAUACUUUUGUUAUGUUAAAGAUAAUGUCUAAAGGUAGAAUAAAGCUAGGGAACUCUUACAUUGUCCAUAAUAAUUCAGUUUAAUUAGCAACAGCUAUCACAUGGUCUACUGCAUUUGGGGAUCCAGAAACUAACAAGGGGGGGGGCAAAUUUGGAGUCAUCAAAAAUAUGUCCGCGCUUGCCCUUA